CCUCUGCGUCGAUCUGGAUAUUUUUCCACUAGGCUGUUCGCGCGCUGUCUCCGCCUCUCUCCCGCAUUCCUCUCGCAUAUUCGUCCCUCUCCUCCCCUCUGGCAGGGUGAGUCAACUGAGGGAGGGAUGUCAGAUUCUAGGGUUUUCGCGGAGGCGCGAGGGAAUCCCGCGAGAUCCGGCGCCGGGAUCAUCUCAAGGAUCCGCCUGGAGAACUUCAUGUGCCACAGCAGCCUUGAGAUCGAGUUCGGUGACUGGGUUAACUUCAUCACCGGCCAAAAUGGGAGCGGGAAAAGUGCGAUACUUACGGCGCUUUGCGUCGCUUUUGGGUCUCGAGCGAGGGGUACUCAGAGGGCUUCCAGCCUGAAAGAUUUCAUAAAGACGGGAUGCAGUUAUGCUUCUGUUCUUGUUGAAAUCAAAAACCGCGGAGCAGAAGCUUUCAAGCCUGAAAGCUUUGGCAGCAUCAUUAUGAUAGAACGAAGGAUAACUGAGUCUUCAAGUUCAAUAGCCUUGAAGGAUCAACAUGUUUUCUGGUUUCAUAUAGGAAAGAGGGUUUCUAAUCGGAAAGAUGAGCUACGUGAGCUAGUGGAGCACUUCAAUAUUGAUGUUGAAAAUCCAUGUGUUAUAAUGAGUCAGGACAAAAGCAGAGAAUUUUUGCAUUCUGGGAAUGAUAAGGACAAGUUUAAGUUCUUCUUUAAAGCUACACUUCUUCAGCAAGUUAGCGAGCUUCUACAAAAUAUCAGGACUGAGCUUACUGCUGCUAAUGCAAUUGUCGAUGAACUUGAGUCAUCAAUAAGGCCCAUAAUUAAGGAACUUGAUGAGCUGCGUAACAAGAUUAAGAGCAUGGAGCAUGUGGAGGAAAUUGCUCAAGAAUUACAACUUUUGAAAAAGAAAUUGGCAUGGUCAUGGGUGUAUGAUGUUGACAGAGAAAUUCAGGAACAAAGUGAAAAAAUUAAAAUUCUCAAAGACAGAAUCCCUACAUGUCAAGCCAGAAUUGACAAAUAUACAACUAUUGUCGAUGAUAUAAAGGAAUUGCUUACAACUCAAAAAGCUAAAAUUGCACACUUGAUGGAAAAGACUUCUGAAGCAAGAAGAAUGAAAGAAAAUUUGCAGCAGAGUCUGUCAGAGGCUACAAAAGAGAGGCUUGAGCUUGAGGAGGAGCAUUCUCGUGAAACAAACAUAGCUAGGAAAUUGACAGCUCGAAAGAAGUUGCUUGAGCAACAAAUUCAUGAUAUACAGGAGCAGUACUCUAGAAAUUCACAGGCCGAAGCAUCCAAGAUUGAGGAGCAAAUUGAGAAACUGCAAAAUGAAGUUAAUAUGGCUCAUGACAAUUUUACAAGGGUGCAGGAGGAAGAAUCCGCUGCAGCAGAAAGGUUGUCAGUUGCUAGAAAUGCUGUUACUGAGAUCUCUAAAGAAAUUGAGGAAAAUGAAAGACGAUGUAGGGAGUUGUAUUCACAAAUACGUGAACUUCAACAACGGCAAAGAAACAAGGUAACGGCAUUUGGUGGGGAAAGGGUUCUAAGCCUUUUACAAUCUAUUGAAAGGCAUCAUACAAAAUUCAAAAGCUCUCCUAUUGGUCCAAUUGGAGCGCACGUUAAGUUGGAAAACAGUGAUGUAUGGGCCUUAGCAGUUGACUCUGCGAUUGGGAAGUUGUUAGAUGCUUUUAUUGUCACCAAUCAUAAAGAUUCACUUCUUUUACGAGAUUGUUCUCGAGAAGCAAACUACAGGAAUAUACAGAUUAUCAUUUAUGAUUUUUCAGUACCAAGGCUGCAUAUCCCAAAGGACAACCUUCCUCGAACACAUCAUCCUACUACUCUAUCGCUUCUGCAAAUUGAAAAUCCUAUUGUGUUCAAUGUGCUGGUAGAUAUGGGUGGUGCGGAGAGGCAAGUUCUUGUGCAAGAUUAUGAAGUUGGAAAAUCUGUUGCGUUUGAACAGAGAAUCCCAAAUUUGAAGGAAGUAUACACUUCAGAUGGUUAUAGGAUGUUCUACAGAGGUUCUGUCCAGACUACACUUCCUCCAUACAGAAGGGGUAUGACUGGUCGCCUAUGCAGCGGGGUCGAUGAUCAAAUAUAUUCUUUUCAGAAUGAAGUUUCUAAGAUCAAAGAAUAUGUUGGAGAGUGCAAAGGCAAGAAAAGGCUUUCUGAGGAAGGACUCCGUGAUCUUGAAAACAAAUUGCAUAUUGCGAAGAAAUUACGGGUAAGUGAAGAAAGGAAAUUGACUUCUAAGCAAAUAGCAUUGAGUGCAAUGAAGGAUGCUUAUGCUGCUGAGCAGAAUGCUUCAUCCGAACCCAACGCCGAAGAGUUUACAAGUGAAAUUUCACAACUGGAAGACAGCACACAAAGGAAGGAAAUGUUACUAGAGAAAAUCCAAGUUAAGAUAGCCACUUCAGAUGAAAAAGUCAAUAAACUCAAAAUUUCCUUAAAGGAGUGGUGCGAUUCAACGAAAGAAGAUAUUGAUGCCAUUGAAAAAGCAGAGCAUGAACUGUUGCUCAGAGAAGAACAGCUUCAGUCUGCGGAAACUGAGAAAGUUCAUUAUGAAGGGGUCAUGCAUAAGAAAGUGCUACCUGAUAUUAAAGAAGCAGAGGCAGAACAUGAACAUCUUCAACACAAGCGGCAGGAGAAUUUUAAGAAGGCUUCCAUUAUUUGUCAGGAGUGUGAAAUUGAAGCUUUAGGGGGCUUAAGUGGAUCUAAUCCUGAACAACUAAGUGCUCAGUUAAGCAGAUUGAAACAAAGGCUUCAGCAUGAGAGCCAAAGGCAUAGUGAAUCUAUUGAUGAUCUGAGAACAAUAUAUCACAAAAAAGAGCGAAAAAUUGCAAAGAAGCGCCAAACUUACUCAGUGAUCCGUGAGAAGUUAAAUGCAUGCCAGAAGGCACAUGAUCUGCGCUGGGGCAAAUUUCAAAGAAAUGCAACUCUUCUUAAACGGCAACUAACUUGGCAGUUUAAUGGACACUUGAGGAAGAAAGGCAUUAGUGGGCAUGUCAAGGUAGAUUAUGAAAAGAAGGUCUUGUCUAUCGAGGUGAAAAUGCCUCAAGAUGCAUCUGGGAAUGCAAUUCGUGAUACUAGAGGACUCUCAGGCGGUGAGCGUUCCUUUUCAACGCUUUGUUUUGCAUUAGCUCUUCACGAAAUGACAGAAUCUCCUUUUCGUGCCAUGGAUGAGUUUGAUGUGUUCAUGGAUGCGGUGAGCCGUAAGAUCAGCUUAGAAACUCUAGUAGAUUUUGCUGCGAGUCAAGGUUCCCAGUGGAUAUUCAUCACUCCACAUGACAUCAGCAUGGUGCAGGCUGGAGAAAGGAUCAGGAAACAGCAGAUGCCAGCACCUCGUGGUUAAUUAUCAGCAUUGCGAAAUUUCUAUUUUUUGCCUUGAAAACAAGGUUUUUCUAGUUUAUUUUUGUGCAAUGCUAUCGAGUGUGUUGACUGUCGUAUCGUAGACAUUGCAGCAGUUUGCCUGGAGAGCAAACGAUUAGAUCCAGCAUCAUCUUGCUGACCAGGGAAUUCUUCUAAAUUAACCAAAUCAGACAUUUGAUGUAUAGGGAGAUUUCCAAUUGGCCCACUGAUGUAGCAGGCAGUGUAUAUUAUUUCUCACUUAUAUUACCUAUUCUAGUAAAAUCACCCAUCAGAGCCACUCUGUUAACCAUUAA